AUUUCCUUUUCCCAGUUCCAAUUUCUGCCAAUCUUUCCCUUCCACUUCUGGCGGAGGGUUAUAAAUAACCACCGCGCAAACUCUCCUUCCCUCCUUGUCUUCUCUCUCUAGAAUCGCCAUUGAAAUCCAAUCCAAAUCGAACCUCGAAUUUUACUCCCUUCCUCUCUCAAUUCUCCCUCCUCCUUGUUUUAGAUCGUCAUUCCGCUUCUCCAGCCGAGGUGAGAUUGCCGCGGUUCGAGAUCUCGAAUCAGGAACCUCCUGCUGCUGCUGCUGCUGCGAUGACCACGGCCAACGGCGGCGAGGUUCGCUCUCCCGCGGCCAACGGCGGAACCAAGCCGUUCAAGAUCUUCGUCGGCUACGAUCCGCGCGAAGAUCUGGCCUACAAGGUCUGCCGGCACUCCAUCCUCAAGAGAUCUUCAAUCCCCGUCGAGAUCCAUCCGAUCAUCCAGUCCGACCUCCGGAAGGGCGGCCUGUACUGGCGGGAGCGGGGCAAGCUGGAGAGCACCGAGUUCUCCUUCUCCCGCUUCCUCACCCCGCACCUGGCCAAUUACGACGGCUGGGCCAUGUUCGUCGACUGCGAUUUCCUCUACCUGGCCGACAUCAAGGAGCUCCGCGACCUGGCCGACGAUAGGUACGCCAUCAUGUGCGUCCACCAUGACUACACCCCGAAGGAAACCACCAAGAUGGAUGGCGCCGUCCAGACAGUUUACCCGAGGAAGAACUGGUCCUCCAUGGUGCUCUACAACUGCGGGCACCCGAAGAACAAGGUGCUGACCCCGGAAGUUGUGAAUAGCCAGACGGGCGCUUACCUCCACAGGUUCCAGUGGCUUGGUGAUGGAGAAAUUGGGGAAGUGCCCUUUGUUUGGAACUUCUUGGAGGGCCACAACAGGGCUGUGGAAGGUGAUCCUUCUACGCUCCCCAAGGCGAUUCAUUACACCCGCGGAGGGCCGUGGUUCGAUGCGUGGAAGAACUGCGAGUUUGCUGACCUUUGGCUCGAUGAGAUGGAGGAGUACAUGAAGGAGACCAAGAAAUCAAGUGGGAAUUGAGAGAGGUAAAACAUUAUUAUGCUCAUCGUAUAUAGAACAACACUAUAUUCGUGCUUCAUUCUUUUUUUUAUGUUGAAUUGAUUCUUGUAUGGAGUUGUAGAUCUACGAAAGCUUUGUGUUUCUGUUCGUCUGCAAUUACGUAGGGGAAACAGAAAUCCUGGCACUGUGGAUUGUUAGGGAAGAUGGUUUUCAUUACGUUGUUUCAUUAUUCAUUGAUCAAAAUUUUAUGAUACAGUAUAGUUACAAUAUCUGUGUGUAUACCCAGAACUGUUGGUUAGCUGUGUGUGAUUAUUUAUCUGAUUUUCUGCUAAAAGGGUUCUGUUCUAUGGAAAUUAGAGGAUCCCUAUGUUAUGAUUAGGGGCGGUUGUUGCCUCUCUUGUGGAAUUUGCAGCUAUUCAUUUACCUGUGCUUAUAAGCAUCUGAAAGAACUAUCAAAAAGUUGGAAACUUGUUCAUGUCAGUAUCCUCCGAGAAACAGAAAUCAUGUUUUUUUCUUUCUUUUUUUGCCUUUAGAGAAUCUAAACCAGCUUGGACAUAACCAUAAAAAAAACCCAGCUGGGAAAUGACCAUGUGAGAGCUU